UUUCAGCUCGUGUAACUGUUGCCGACAACUUGGCUACAAGUUGCUCAGAAACUUGGUGACAGGUUGCGGCAGUAGAUUGUCGCCAAGUUGCUGAGCAACUUGUAGCCAAGUUGUCGGCAACAGUUACACAAGCUGAAAGUUGUCGAAAACUUGUCCUCAAGUUGGUCGUAACUCAGGUACACCAACUUUCUGAUCGGAAACUCUGGCUAUCAGGGAAAAAGAGAGAAAGAUAUAAGUUUGUAAACAAAAAAUAAGUCACGUGCUCGGAUAUUGAUAUUAUUUGUAUUUUGUCGAUUAAUAUUGUUUAUUGCAUUGUUAUAUUUAUCAACAUUUUUAAAUAUCAAGUAUAAAUAGAAAUAAUUAAAAAUGAAUGAGUAUGAAGAAUUAUUAAAAUGGUAUCCUCAAUUAAUAUUAACAUCUGAAAACCCGUUCACGAUGCACGGCUUAUUAAAUAUUAAUAGUAAUUACCAGAUUGAAAUAAAAUUAAAAGUACCUAAAUAUCCAUUAUUCAAACACGCCACUAUUUAUUUUGGUAAUAAAAUAUCAUCAGUGUAUGCUACCGAUUUUAGUAAAAAAGUCAACGAUUUAUUACGCAGUAAUAAUUCUAUUCUGUCUUUUUUAAGUCAAUUACAGAAGUUAAUGGACACGAUCAUCAAAGAAAAAUACAAUGAGACUGCUAUUGAUGUUGAGUGGUGGGAUAACUAUAAUUUAGAAGAAUUAAAAACCGCUCUUUUAAUUCCAGGUGUCAGCAUUUCUGCUAGCAGUGGUUUAGAUAUAAUUAAAUUAACGUACAAAGAUAUUUCUAUAAAAUUAAAACAAAACAAAUCGUACAAUAAUCCGUGGAUUUUAUUAUCGUCUGAUUUGCCUGAGUUAAGAAAUCAUCCAGCUCUUGAUACCUGUAUAUCUACAUUAACUGAAGCUGCAGAGACUCUUAAAUCAAGAGUUGAUUCAUUAGAAAAUAUUUUGAUUGACUUAAAAGAUAUUGACGAGAAUUGCUGGGUAAUUGAUCCCGUUAAACCAAAACCAUACCACCUGUACAGAAGAAUUUAUUUAAAUCAAGCUCUGUCGCUUUUAAUAACUCCAGAUCCGUCUUGUCCUGAACGAUUACAAGAAAUAAAAGUACUUGGGAGUGAUAAUGAAGUUGCCAAAUGUCAAGAUAUCAUAACCGAAAAUUUGGAAAAAUGGUCUGGUGAUAGAACGAUUAUUGAAAAUCUAUUGGAUUUAUUAGAUAUCGACGAAUUACCACGACCACCAGAUGAAAACAGUGCAGUACAACCAAAUGAUGGCAUUGUUGAUGAUCAAGAAUGCUGUAUUUGUUUUUCAAUGGAAUCAGAAAAUGGUGACGUGCCAUCGGAAGUGUGUAAUAAUGAAAAAUGUCGACGUUACUUUCAUACUACUUGUCUUCUUCAGUGGUUGCAAGUCGUCGCAGGCAAUCAAAUUCUUUUCGACCGCAUCCAUGGCUUCUGUCCAAACUGCAGUACAAAUAUAUCAUGCGCUAUUGUAAGUAACUGAUGAGCGAAACCAAAAUACACAUAUAUUUAUUUAUUUAUUUAUUCAUUUGAAGACAUAAUAAUUUAAGAAAUUACAUUCUGAAACCCAUCGUUCAAGCGAUUCAUUGAACUCUUCCGUACCACAAAUUAAAACUAAAGUAUCAUCAGCUAAAUAGUUUUCUAAAAUACAUUUACAAAUUCUUUCAUUAAUUCUUCCUUGUUUGAUAUCAAUACCAUUGAGAUUUAUACUUGUUCCUGUAAUGAAAAAUUAUUUUAAUUAUUUAAUAUAAGAAAUUGUCAUGUUAUAUUUAUUAAUACCUUCUGUUAAAUAAAGAGUACACUGAACAUUCCA